UCCGGCCGGGGGCUGAGCGCGCGGCCGGAAGGUUGCGGGUGACUAGCAUGCAGGUACCCGUUCUCUGACUUGCUGCCCCUCAUCUGACAUGGCCCACCGCGGUGGGGAGAGGGACUUCCAGACGUCAGCGCGGCGCAUGGGCACCUCGCUGCUCUUCCAGCUUUCGGUGCAUGAGCGGGAGCUGGACCUGGUGUUUCUGGAUCAUAGCUAUGCCAAGCCGUGGAGUGCCCACCCAGAUGCCAGUAGUGCCCGCCCCACCCGCAUGCUCUUUGUUACUCCCCGGAGGCAGCACGAAAGUACUAUCGAGUCAGAUGUCCCAAUAGAUGUGGAGACAGUCACGUCAACCCCUGUGCCACUUUAUGACAAUCAGAAGGCACGCAGCGUGAUGAAUGAGUGUGAACGGCAUGUCAUCUUCGCCAGGACCGAUGCGGAUGCACCUCCCCCUCCAGAGGACUGGGAGGAGCAUGUCAACAGGCUUGUAAUGAGCCAGUGCUGCGCCGUGUUGCCGUGGACAAGUGUGCGAGGAGAGUGCGGCAAGCUCUGGCGAGUGUGAGCUGGGACACCAAGCUGGUCCAGUGGCUGCACACCACCCUGGUGGAGACCUUGAGUCUGCCCAUGCUGGCCGCCUACCUGGAUGCUUUGCAGACACUGAAAGGGAAGAUCCCUACCUUGAUUGACCGGAUGCUCGUGUCAUCCAACACGAAGACCGGGGCUGCUGGAGCUGAGGCCUUGUCCCUGCUACUGAAGAGGCCCUGGGACCCCGCAGUGGGAGUGCUCUCUCAUAACAAACCAAGCAAACUCCCCGGCUCCCCUCUCAUUCUCAUUGCCUCCUCCGGGCCCUCCAGCUCUGUGUUCCCCACCUCGCGCCGCCACCGCUUCUGGCAGUCUCAGCUGUCCUGCUUAGGCAAGGUCAUCCCUGUUGCCACGCAUCUGCUGAACAAUGGUAGUGGAGUAGGAGUUCUGCAGUGUCUGGAGCACAUGAUUGGGGCAGUGCGAAGCAAAGUGCUGGAGAUUCACAACCAUUUCCCACACAAACCCAUUAUCUUGAUUGGCUGGAAUACAGGAGCCUUGGUGGCCUGUCAUGUGUCGGUGAUGGAAUACGUCACUGCAGUUGUCUGCCUGGGGUUUCCUCUGCUUACUGUGGAUGGCCCCAGAGGGGAUGUGGAUGAUCCCCUCUUGGAUAUGAAGACUCCAGUCCUCUUUGUCAUUGGUCAGAAUUCCCUACAGUGUCACCCUGAAGCCAUGGAGGACUUCCGGGAGAAGAUUCGGGCUGAGAACAGCUUGGUGGUGGUUGGGGGAGCUGAUGAUAAUCUCAGAAUAAGCAAAGCAAAGAAGAAAUCGGAAGGGUUGACUCAGAGCAUGGUGGACAGAUGUAUUCAGGAUGAGAUUGUGGACUUCCUGACUGGAGUGCUCACUCGCGCGGAGGGCCACAUGGGCUCUGAGCCGCGGGAUCAGGAUGCUGAGAAGAAGAAGAAGCCCCGGGACGUGGCCCGCAGAGACCUGGCCUUCGAGGUCUCUGAGCGGGGAAGUCGACCUGCGUCACCAGCUGCCAAGCUACCUGCCUCACCCUCAGGCUCAGAGGAUCUCUCCAGUGUGUCCAGCAGCCCUACCUCCAGUCCCAAGACCAAGGUGACCACAGUGGCCUCUGCCCAGAAGUCCAGUCAGAUCGGAAGCACUCAGCUGCUGAAGAGACACGUGCAGCGGACAGAGGCUGUGCUGACCCACAAACAAGCUCAAGCGCAGUUUGCUGCUUUUCUGACACAAAACAUGCUGGUGAGGAAAGCUCUUCCUCCCGGCGCCUCCUCCUGUCUCUUUGUUCCUGUUUCAUCAGAACAAACGGAGGAAGCCGAGAAAGAGGAUCUCAGGGUCCAGCUGAAGCGGCACCAUCCCUCCAGUCCUCUUCCUGGCAGUAAGACCUCCAAGCGACCGAAGAUCAAGGUGUCCCUUAUCUCCCAAGGGGACACAGCUGGAGGGCCUUGUACUCCUUCCCAAGGAGGAGCUCCAGAAGCCGCAGGAGGGAAGCCCAUCACCAUGACACUGGGGCAAGCUUCCGCAGGGACCAAGGAGCUCACAGGGCUUCUCACCACAACCAAGUCAAGUGCUGCUGAAGGGGGAGUCUCAGCCAGCCCAGCAUCCUCAGUGGUCUCUAGCAGCACUGCUCCCAGUGCCUUGCACACACUCCAGAGUCGCCUGGUGGCCACCUCGCCUGGCAGCUCCCUCCCAGGGGCCGCAUCAGCCAGCAGCCUCCUCCAAGGCCUCAGCUUCAGCUUGCAGGAUAUCAGCAGCAAGACCUCUGGCCUCCCAGCAAACCCCUCUCCUGGGCCAGCCCCGCAGGCCACCAGUGUGAAGUUGCCCACCCCCAUGCAGAGCCUGGGUGCCAUCACCACGGGCACCAGCACCAUUGUCCGUACCAUUCCUGUGGCCACCACUCUCUCCUCCUUGGGUGCCACUCCUGGUGGGAAGCCCACAGCCAUCCACCAGCUGCUGACCAAUGGGGGCCUCGCCAAGUUGGCAAGCAGCCUCCCUGGCCUGGCUCAGAUCUCUAACCAAGCCUCAGGCUUGAAGGUCCCCACCACCAUCACUCUGACACUACGUGGCCAGCCCAGCCGAAUCACCACACUGAGCCCCAUGGGCUCAGGAGCAGCCCCAUCAGAAGAGCCCACCUCCCAGGCGCUGCCCUCCAGCUCACAGCGCCUGCCUCCAGCGCCCUGAAGAUGCCAUGCGAUAUGUCCUCCUUUACGAGGUUGGUGACGGCUGCUGCACGGUGAGGCCUGGCACAUGUGCUGUCCUGCUGAGCUGUACACUUGUC